GCGACAGAAUGAGCGUUGCCGGAAACUUUACGGACUUUGCUUCCGGGUCCCGGUUCGUCUUUCAGAUGGCCGCUGAAGAGUACCACACCGGACGGAACUGGUCCGGUCUGAUCGAUCGAUACUGGCUGAUUGUGGAGGAGCUUAUUGCAGAUCCCCGCGCCAGAAACCUCCCCUUCAUGUUCGACCCGCUUCCCACGCUGGGAAUGAUGAUCUCCUACCUGCUAUUCGUGCUCUGGCUUGGCCCCCUGUACAUGCGAGACCGGAAACCGAUGGACCUGCGACGAAUUAUCAUCUUCUACAACAUGUUCCAGGUGCUACUCAGCGGGUACAUGUUCUACGAGCACCUGAUGGCGGGCUGGCUGCAGGGAUAUAGCCUUACGUGCCAAACGGUUGACUACGACGAUGGACCGCAAUCCCGACGGAUGUUCAACCUGUGCUACGUGUACUACCUCUCGAAGCUAUCCGAGUUCGCUGACACGAUAUUUUUCGUGCUCCGGAAGAAACAGUCCCAGAUCACCGAUUUGCACGUGUACCACCACUCGCUGACACCGAUGGAGGCGUGGAUUUUGACCAAGUUCAUUGCCGGUGGCAACGCGACCUUCCCGAACAUCAUCAACAACUUUGUGCACGUGCUGAUGUACUUCUACUAUAUGCUGUCGGCGAUGGGACCCCGAUAUCAGAAGUACCUUUGGUGGAAAAAGUACAUGACAGAGGUUCAGAUCAUCCAGUUCAUUCUCUGCAUCGCUCACUGCAUCAACGCUCUGGUGACGGGCUGCCCGUUUCCACGAUUCAUCUCCACGCUGCUGCUCAUCAACGCCAGCAUCUUCCUGGUGCUGUUCAUGAACUUUUACAUCCAGAGCUACAAACGGAAGGCUGCCAUUGCCACUGCCAAGCCAAUCGAAUCGUCCAAGGUCGAAGAAUUGGCCACGGUAAAACAGUCCGAUGAAUCCACGGCGGAAGUCAACAACAACUCGGUUGAAUCGAUUGAGUUGUUGGAAAAAGUGGACAAGCCACCGGCUGCCGAAGAGCUGUAUUCCUCGGAGACCGCACCGGCCAGCGUCGAAGAAACGACAACAGUACCGGAAAGUGUCUCCAUAGCAGCCGACGUGCUGCCCAAGGAUGUGAUAGAACCGAUGGAAGGCCUCCGCCAGCGAAUAGUUACGCUGGAGCAGCUCCAGCUUCAGGAUCCUCCGAUUCGAGUCGAAGAGCUGGCGGACUAGUUUCCGGCAUAAUUCUAGGAUAGGUUUAAACAAUUUCGGUUUAGCUUUCGUUUUCGAAAACGCUAGUGCUAUGAUCAUAUCAACAGUCUAUUGUAGU